AUGUACGCGUGCACACAGGCCACUUAUAAUGAACUGGUGAACUCAGUGCUUCGAGUGGCCCAUUUGCAUUUGUAUCGGGAUCUGAUUCGAUUGUACGCGGUGUACAACGAGGCCAUGAUCAAUCUGAUCGGUCGAUAUUUCACCAUGUCCAAACGGGAUUGUCGUACCUCGUUGGUCACGUACAAAUCGUUUUUGAAACGGAUGGAGUCUAUGAACGCGUUCGUAAAGAUUGCUGAGGCCACGGACAAUACCGGACUAGCACACCCGACGGACACGGACAGUAUCACGUUCCAGCCGUCUCUUCCCGUUGGCAACAUGACCGUUGUCCGGGCAGCUAAACUGUCCAAGUUUUGCUUGAUGCACAGCAUUCAUCUGCGUAAUGGUUAA